CUCUCAUGUCUUCACUUGAUGUAGCUCUCAAGACUUCACUUUAUGUAGCUCUUAUGUCUUCACUUUAUUUAGCUCUCAUGUCUUCACUUUAUGUAGCUCUCGUGUCUACACUUUAUGUAGCUAUCAUGUCUUCACUUUAUGUAGCUCUCAUGUCUUUACUUUAUGUAGCUCUCGUGUCUUCACUUUAUGUAGCUCUCGUGUCUUCACUUUAUGUAGCUCUCGUGUCUUCACUUUAUGUAGCUCUCGUGUCUUCACUUUAUGUAUCUCUCGUGUCUUCACUUAAUGUAGCUCUCGUAUCUUCACUUUAUGUAGCUCUUAAGUCUUCUCUUUAUGUAGCUCUC